AUGGCUGAACAGGGCAUGUAUCACGAAAUGUACCGCAAUGCGUCGUAUGUUACCAUCGACUCAUCACCAUCCAACAUUGUGCUGAGAAGGAUGUGUAUANGCAUCGGUGGCACACUCGCAGAUACCCUGGACGAUCUCAUCAGCAGUCGUCGCAUCGAGCCUCAGCUUGCCAUCAAGAUCAUGACCAACUUUGACAGGGCUAUCGCGCAGGUGCUUGGUGAAAAAGUCAAGUCCAGAAUGAGCUUCAAGCCCUCAGGCGACCAAUCAACACUUCUCCAUGCUGACCAAACCCAUAGGNGACACCUCGACACAUACCGCUUCUGCGACGACGUGUGGACCUUCAUACUUAAGGACGUCAAGGUCAAGCUGGACAACUCGCAGCAGAUCGAGGUCGAGAAGGUCAGAAUCGUCAGCUUGCUCAACGCCACCUCUGCCCAUAACGGUGGCAGA